GGAAAGUUUUAAGCCUAGCCUUAAAAGUAGACAGGGUGUCUGCCUCACGGACUAAAACUGGUAGUUGGUUCCACAGGAGAGGAGCCUGUGGAACAGUUUUAAGUCUAAUGUGGGUGUUAGACCACAUAUUUUGUAUUUUACCAAUAAAGAAUUAUUUUUUUUUUUUAUAAUGAUCACUUGUUUCACUAGAUUUAGGUCUAAGAUGUGAAUUUAUUUUAGUCUUCGGUCAUAAAAGGGUUUAAAAUAGAAAAAAGUUGAUAAUAAACACUUAUGACUAAAGCGUUUUAUGAGCAGAGCCAAUUCUCUGGAAGUCCUCAGCUGUGAACCUUGGACCCCCCCUCCCUCCAUAAGGUCCACCUAAAGAUAAAGCUUUACUGGUUCAGUGUUUACAGGCACAGCAGGAGUUAUGGACAAGAAAACCCAGAACUGGUUCCUCCUCUGAUUAUUUUCCAAAUACUGCGUGAAUAACUUCAAACCCGGAGUCCUUUCAUGGCUUCCUAUGGUUCCAGAUCCACGACAACCGGACUGGUUUUACUGCUGCUGGGCGAGAAGGAAAGUGGGAAGAGCUCCGCAGGAAAUGCCAUCCUGUCCAGAAGAGCUUUUCACAAGAAAACCACCCAGAGCUGCAGGAGGAGCGCCGCCAUCUUUGGCUUACAGGUGGACGUGGUGGACACCCCAGGAUGGCUGUCCCACUCCUCCACCCCCCACUGGGUGUCCAAGGAGCUCCUGCGAGCUGUGACCCUCUGCCAUCAGGGACCCGACGCCAUCCUGCUGGUGCUGCCCAUCUCCUCCAGGUUGGGUCAGGAGGAGUGGGCGGCCAUGGAAGCCCAGCUCAGACUGCUGGAGACGCCCAUCUGGCAGCGAGCGGUCAUCCUCUUCACUCACGGGGACAGAUUAGGAGCGCUGCCGAUCCAGGAGUACGUGAGGCGACAGGGUGGGACUCUGCAGUGGCUGCUGGAGCGAUGUCAGAACCGCUACCAGGUUCUGUCCAGUCUAUGCAGUACGGCGCAGCUUCAGGUCAGACAGCUCAUUAAGAAGGUCCAGAUGAUCGCAGAAGCUUCGAGGACUAUCACAAAGAUAUACUACAGGGUGAACAUCCAGCUGGGAGAUCUGAGCCUGGGGGGGACCAGGAGUCUGCAGGAGCCAGAGAUGAUGGGGAAGGAGUAUGAUGGUGCGGGACCAAGACAGACAGGAUUCAUAGCCGCUUCUGGUGCGGCGCUGUCCCUCAUCCUGCUGGGACGCAGGAACUCCGGGAAAAGCUCAGCAGGCAACAUGAUCCUGGGUAGGGAGGAGUUUCUGACGGACAUACAGACGGUCUGCUGCUCUGCAGGCCAUGCAGACGUAUCAGGGCGGUCUGUGACGGUGGUGGACACGCCUGGGUGGAGUCUGUUUGCUCAGGCCGACCCUGAGGAGGUGCAGAGGGAGAUCCUGAAGAGCCCCUCGCUCUGUGCUGCUGGGAGCAAAGUCAUGGUCCUGUUGGCCAUUCCUGUGGACUCCUUCAGAGAGAAGGACAGGAAGGCUGCGGAGACGUAUGUCAGGCUGCUGGGGGAGCGAAUUUGGAGCAGCACCGUGGUUCUGUUCACUUAUGGAGACGCUCUGUGGAGAAAAACCAUGCAGGAUCACAUUAAGGAGAAGGGCCCGCCUCUGGAGUGGAUUCUGGACAAGUGUGAGCAUCGGUUCCACGUGUGCGACACAAACAGCACGGACCCGGAUCAGGUCACACGGCUCCUUCAGAUGGUGCAGAGCGCUUAGGAACCAUCCAUCUGGAAUAAGGCUUUUUUCCACUGAAGAAUUUUAUUAAAUAUUUAUUAUAAUUGCAUAAAACAGAAAUGUAAACCUUUUUUCCUCCAGAAUGUAAAUUUGAAAC